AUCUAAAUUUAAAAUGACGCAAAAAAUGUAGUUUAUAUUUAUAAAUCGCUGAAAAUUGAAUUGUGGUACCAACAUAACGAUUUAAAAGGCACUAGUCACGAAUUUUUCAAAUUUUCAAAUCUUAAAUAAAUUUUAAUAAUAGUUUUAAACUUACAAAUGUUGUGACACAUAUUUCUUAGUACUUACUGUUUUUCCGUAUUCGUGGUUCAAGGAUAUUUUUUUUUAAUAUUGUAGUGUUUUUUUUAGGUUAUGUCAUAACCUCAAAGUCCGAUGAAAUUUGUGAAAACACCGAUAAAUGCGCCUAAAAGUUGAAGAUACGCGCUGAUUUAAUAAACGAUAUGAUUGGAAUGUUGAGAAUCCAACAUUUUGUGAAGAAUGUGUUAAAAAGACCCAGUUUUGUAAUAUUCCCCAGGGUGCGAUAUUUUUCAGAAAAACCAUUAGAUGUGAACACAAAUGUCGCCAAAGACGUUAUAUUAUUCAAAUACGACAAUCCCCGUUUUUUCAAAAUAAUUAAUAUAUUUGCUGGAUGCCAAUUUGUCUUCUGGUCUUAUCUUUCAGUAUUUGCAUAUUCUAAACUUCGAGAUGCACCAGUUGACCCCUCAAAAGAGACAACUUGGUGGCGCAAAAUUAAUCUGGGUGAAAACAAGUACAGAAAUGGGUUGGCAGUAAUAUCGUUCAUUAUAGGCUAUGGUAUUUUGACUAUAACGUGGAUGUAUACUCUAAGAUCGGUCCGGUAUUUGAUUCUACAUCAAGGGGGACAAAAUUUAUCUUUUGUGACAUACACACCCUUUAUGAAAAACCGAAUAUUUACAGUAAGUUUGAAAAAUGUGAAUUGUAAGGAGUCAAGAAGUGUUGCUGUGUCGCAACUACCCCUUAAAGUCAAAGGACAUUAUCUCCAUUAUAUUCUCGACAUGAGGGGCGAAUUUAAAAACCCAACUUUGUUUGACCACACCGCCGGCCUACGCCGAAAAUGGAGGACAGCGGCGUAAUUCGAAAAUGAAAACUGGACCAUUGGAAAGGCUUGAUAAAUAUGUGUACACUAAGAAUAUAUUUUUUUCAAAUCAAAUACAUUAUCUUUGGAGAUCCCUUG